AGCGCCUCCUUUUGACCUUUUCUCCUCCUUUCCCUUCUCUUCCCUUCUAUCACUACUAGUCUCUGUUUCUAUUCUCUUUCUUUUUUUUAAUCAAUUUUUAAUUGGAAUAUGACCUAAAAUCUUUUAUAAUUUUUAAAUUUAUUAUCAAUUUUAGAUCAAUCCAUUUAUUUUAAUUUUUACAGAUAUAGUAAUAAUAUAUCUUUGAUUUUUUAUUAUUCUUUUCUUGAUCAGUGUACUGUAUGUUCUUGAUUUUUUUUUUCCAGCUUAAGUUUGAUUGUUUUUACAUAGAUCAUUGAAAGUUUUGAUUUUUAUUUCUUGUUUCCUUUUCUUCUUGUAUAUUUUUCAAUUUGAUCUUUACUUUUUAUCAAGAUUCAAAUAGCAGUAUGUGCUCAAGCAACUCUUUAUAUAAAAAUCCAAAGCCCUGCAAACAUCUUGCAGAUUACAAGGUGAAAAAUGGUAUGAAUGGGUAUAGUUUGAUCCAAGAAUGUUUUAAGACAACCCCAUAUGGUAGGACCACAUUAGAAAUAUCUAAAUCAGAGCUACCUAGAUGUAGUAUUUGUAGUGGAUAUGAGGGUAGAUUUUACAUGUGUUUGAUCUGUUCAUCAGUGUUAUGUUGUUUGUCACUUGAAUCAAACCAUGUCCUUUUGCAUAGUAAGUGUAAAGCUGGGCAUGAGAUUUCAGUGGACAUGGAAAGGGCUGAGCUUUAUUGCUCAGUGUGUUGUGAUCAGGUGUAUGAUCCUGAUUUCGAUAAGGUUGUGAUGUGUAAACAUAUAAUGGGGUUUCCAAGAAAUCAAAAUGGGGUUGUGGAGAGUGAGUUGAGGUUGAGCAAGAGGAGAAGGUUGAGUUUUGGGAUGGAAUUAGAUUCAAAGAAUAUGAAGACGUUGUUUUUAAGGAGGGAUCAGAAGUCAAAGUCGUGUUUUCCCUUGGGAUUAAGGGGUUUGAACAAUUUGGGGAAUACUUGUUUCAUGAACUCUGUGUUGCAAGUGUUGCUUCAUGCACCCCCUUUGAGAAAUUACUUCCUUAGUGAUAGGCAUAACCGAGAUAUUUGCAGAAAGAUGUCGUCGGAUCGGUUGUGCCUGCCUUGUGAUAUUGAUCUUAUCUUCUCAGCUGUCUUUUGUGGUGAUCGGACCCCUUAUAGUCCAGCUCGGUUUCUUUACAGUUGGUGGCAUCAUUCAGAAAAUCUUGCUACCUACGAGCAGCAGGAUGCUCAUGAGUUCUUCAUUUCAAUGCUUGACAGGAUCCAUGACAAAGAGGGGAAAGAUAGUUUGGCAACCAAAGAUAAUGGAGAUUGCCGGUGUAUUGCUCAUAGGACUUUCUAUGGGCUCUUGAGAUCUGAUGUCACCUGUACAUCGUGCGGAUUCACUUCAACAACUCAUGAUCCUUGUAUGGACAUUUCUCUUGACUUGAGUAGCUGCAACUCCAGCCCAAAGGAUUUGGCUAAUAAGUCGUGUAAGCCAAAUGAAUCUCUUGGCGGUUGCUUGGACCUCUUCACAAGACCAGAAAAGUUGGGGUCCGAUCAGAAACUGUACUGUGAAAAUUGUCAGGAGAAGCAAGAUGCAUUGAAACAGAUGUCUAUCAAGAAGCUUCCACUGGUGCUAUGUUUUCAUAUAAAACGAUUUGAACAUUCUCCCACCCGAAAAAUGUCCAGAAAGAUUGACCGCCACCUGCAAUUUCCUUUUUCUUUAGACAUGAAACCGUAUUUAUCAUCUUCAAUCGUACGAAAGAGAUACGGGAACAGAAUCUUUUCAUUUGACGGUGAUGAAUUAGAUAUUUCUACGGAAUUUGAAAUUUUCGCUGUGGUCACGCAUUCAGGGAUAUUAGAAUCUGGUCACUACGUGACGUAUUUGCGUUUGAGAAACCAAUGGUACAAAUGCGACGAUGCAUGGAUUACUGAAGUAGAUGAAGAAGUUGUUAGGGCCUCGCAAUGCUAUCUGAUGUACUAUGUACAAAAGAUGCUUUACCACAAGAGUUGUGAGGAUGUUAGCUGCCAACCAAUGUCACUUCGAGCCGACACAUUUGUUCCUAUAGCUGGUUGCUGCUAGAACUGCAGUUUGUGAUCGGGUGCAAUUCUGGCCAGCGGGGGAAAGGUAUUGUGGGGCUGUGACCAUGAUGGUAGUCCACGGACUCUCCACCAGCCAAGUUGUCCCGGUUAAGGGAUGAUAUGCCGAAAAUUGUAUGGUAAUAUGAUUCGGAAUUUGGAACGCUGAUGAAACCUUUAGGGGGAAUCUCUUGGUGAGGACUCGUACAAAGAUGGAACCACCAACUUUGGUUCAAGCAUUAAUUUACUUGUUGAGGCCAUAGAAGGAGCCUUAUGAAUGUACAGUAACUUAACAAUGGCAGGGGCAUCUUCUUCUCUUUGGUCCAUUUAAUCUCUUCAAGAUUCCUAUUAAUUUUCAUUGUUGGGUUCUUAAGAGUGAUCUCUCUUUGUCCUGUUGGUUUGUUGAGAUUGAAUUAUAACAUAUAACUUGAUUUUAUCAUUCAAGAAGAUACUUUACAUGAA